AAAGAGAAGCUUGAGUUAAGAAAGGAGUUGUGCUUUAUUGUCCUCCUCUCCAGCGGGUGGAGAGAGGGCUGAAUAAGCUGGAGUUGAGCUGCAGAGCGGAGAUUUCAUCGGGAUAAGGGGGUGUGUCUCCUCUAGCUUUAGCCAGCUAACCUCACUGACUUUAACCCUAAAGCUGAUUAAUGACUGAUUAUACAGCGAAAAUAAUUACUGAGCUACCGAAAAAGAGUUCAGAGUAUCCACAGAAAUGUGCUGUUAUUCCAGUAAAGAAUAAAUAAAAGUAGUUAACUAAAGCUGGGUAACAGAAAGCAGCUCGAGUAGCGUUAAUAACCUUUCAGGUAGGUGUAGGUUAGGUCAGUGUGUCUCUGAUACAGGUGGCCGAUACUACCGCUGUUAUUUUAGAUUCGGUACCAAAUAAUACCGUGUAUAAUAUACCGAUACUGAUAUGAAAAUUUGUCCUGUACAUGAAACAGAAAAAACAAACAAACAAAACAAACACAAAUCUUCUGAAAGCCAGGAAAUGGAACAGUGGGCGGAGAAAGGACAUACAGGGGUGGCCAUGGACCAGGUCACCUUCCAGAGUGACACAGUGCUCUCAGAUGUGCACAUUUUGCUGCCAAAUGUUCGUCACCUCAUGGUUCGACUCAAUAGCGUAGGACAGCCAGUCUUUGUGUCGAAAUUUAGGAUUCUGCGCGAAAAGGAGCAGGAGGAAGUUCAGGAAUCUGAGAAAAGCAGUUUCCUGGAUGACGAUGGAGACCUAGAUGUGGUAAGGCAGCCCAAAAACUUGGCGUGUGAUCGCGAGAAGGUUCACCCCGUCAUUCUUAGCCAGGGUGGAGGGACCACCAGUGAUGAAGAGGAAGAUGAGGGAGAUGAGGAAGAGUGUGCAAAGGACAUCAAGAUUGAGCACACGAUGGCUACGCCGCUGGAUGAUGUCGGAAAGCAAAUCUGGCGGGGAGCGUUCCUGCUGUCUGAUUUCAUCCUCUCGCACCCGGACGUUUUUAGAGAAGCGACGGUUUUGGAGCUGGGAGCAGGAACCGGCCUAACGAGCAUCAUCAUGGCAAGCGUCGCCAAAAAGGUGUACUGCACAGAUGUUGGUGAAGACCUGCUCAACAUGUGUCAGAGAAAUGUGUCUUUGAACAGCCAUUAUAUACAAUCUGCAGGUGAGCGAGGUGUGAAGGUGCGGCAGCUGGACUGGACGGCUGAUGAUUUCCUCACAGACUCCGACGCAGAGUUCAGCUGGAGCGAGGAGGAGGUGGCCGACCUGCACGACAACACCACGGUCGUGAUGGCAGCAGACGUGUGUUAUGAUGAUGACCUCACUGAUGCGCUCCUCCGAACUCUGUACCGAAUCACCAGCAACCUGCGGAAGCCGAGCACCGCCUACUUCAGCAUAGAGAAACGACUGAACUUCACUAUUCGCCACAUGGAUACGAGCUGUGAGGCGUACGAUCACUUCCGGCACUGUCUGAAGCAGCUGGGAGAAAUGAGUGAUGGGAGGAUGAAGUUUACUGUGUCUCCAGUGUCCUGCUCCUUCCCCCAGUUCCUCCAGUAUGAGCGAGUCGACCAGCUGGAGCUUUGGAAGGUGUCUGCCUCAUCCCUUUAAUCCGAAUCCCUCUUGGCCUCCUCACUCAGUCAAGAGCUUUUUUCUGAAAGGAUUGCAGAAUCCCAGACUACAGCUCUCAGGAGAAAAACCCUAAAGCUGACAUUCAGCCGCAUGUAGCUGCUCUAUAACAGCUGUAAAGGUCUAGACAUAGAGAGGAAAAUCCUUAAUGUGAACAGAUUUAGGUUUUUUAAGUAUACUAUAAUGGUCAGUUGUAUGUUCUGGUGCUUUUAAUUCAGUAUAUAGGGCUUGUGAUUGGUUAACAGAACCUUUUCUACAUAAAUGAAUCUUUUUUAAUAGGAAAAUGCUUUUAUAAGCCGUGUUAUUAGUUUUAAUAAUGAGAGCACUGGGUAUAUGAAGAAUGUGUUGGUUGGUUUUAUUUCAGAUUGUGAUUUGAUUCCAGAAUGUUGCUGUUUAACAGAACCUUGUAUCUCUAAAAUGGGAUUUUUUUAGGAAAAGGGAAAAACAACAUGCCUAAUUUAAUAUCAGUUAAUGUAAGAAACUUUAUUUGUAUUCAUUCAGAACCAUUUCUAUUGGUCCAUUCAUUGCAGAAUGUUCUGGCAUUUCCAAAUGUUGUAAAGAAAACACAGAGGUAUUUAUUUAAAAUGAGUGUGAUUUUUAAUUAAUCAACUGAUUAAAUUAUUUUCUUUUUAUUUAUGUGUAUGUGUGUGUGUGUGUGUGUGUGUGUGUGUGUGUGUGUGUGUGUGUGUGUGUGUGUGUGUGGUUGUAAGUGGGCUGUGGAUGUUUCUCUUUAUAGACACUAGAGGGUGCAGUAAUCAUUUGAUAUAAAAAUACUAAAGAAUAGACCAUCCUAAUUGCAGACUGUUAAAAAUAAAUUCAUAAAUAUGUGAGGAAGACUUAGUUGCAAAAAAAGCAAGGUUGCGCUUUUAUAAUGUGUGAAUAUUUUUAGCCUCUUCUCACCAAACAGAAUUUUAAUAGAAUUUGUGAAAUAAACAGGCUUGAAAGUGA